GAGAGAGAGAGGUGAACUUUAAUAUAAAAUUAGUUUCUUUUGUUUCUUCCUUUAUCUCCGAUCCUGUAAUAGUAUUUGUACUGGUCACAAAGAAAAGGAGAGAGAGAGAGGAGAGGUGAACGAAAUGCAAGGCGCAGUAACUGCAGCAAUGGUUGUGUGCCUCUUCUUGACCGUGGGUUUGAACACUCUCAUAAAAGCAAACAUGUCUAAAGGAAUGAGCAAUUUCGUUUUCGUUGCGUAUUCAAACCUUCUCGCGUUCGUUUUUCUGCUACUAGCAACCACAAUCCGCCACAGAAACAGGGCUCCUACACCAAUCACUAAUUCAAUUAUCUUCAGAAUUUUUCUUAUUAGCUUGCUCAGCGUUUCUGUUCAGACGCUUUAUUAUAUUGGACUUGGAUAUAGCUCUCCCACUCUUGGCUCAACCAUGGAGGACCUUGUUCCAGCUUAUACUUUCAUUAUUGCCAUUGUUUCCAGGAUGGAAAAGCUGGAUUUAAAACUACGAAGUUGUUGGGCAAAAUCUAUUGGGACUGUGGUCUCAAUUGUUGGAGCAUUAACUGUGACCUUAUACAAGGGGUUGCCUAUGACAAGUGGUUUGGUGUCAAACGAUGUGAUUCUCUCAUCACAACCAUCAAAAUGGCUGUUAGGAGGCUUUCUUCUUGCAAUUGGUACCUUUUGUGGUUCAGUCUCGCUUGUUAUCCAGACCUGGACUAUCAAAGACUACCCUGAAGAGCUAAUACUAAUAACCAUUAGUACCAGUUUCUCUGUUAUCCUAUCUUUCAUAACUGCUUUCGUUGCAGAGGAAAAUCCUAAGGCAUGGAUACUUAAACCUGAUAUGAAGUUGGUGUGCAUAUUCUAUUCAGCAAUCUUUGUGAUGUCUACACGAAGUGUGGUGUAUGCAUGGGCAUGUCGAAAGAAGGGGGCUGUAUAUGUUGCUAUGUUCAGUCCUUUAGAAAUUGUCAUUGCACUUGCAAUGGGGGUUGCAUUUUUGGGAGACGCUUUAUAUCUUGGAAGUAUGAUAGGAGCUGCUAUAAUAGCAGUUGGGUUUUAUGGUGUAAUAUGGGGCCAAGCUCAAGAGGAAAAGAUUGUCUGUGAAAAUUAUGAAAUUAGUACCAUUAUCUCAUCGUCAUCUUCUGAAGCCGCAUUAUUGCUGGACCAAAGCAAGGGCAAAAGUUCUUUUGUAUGAUAACAUGAGAAUUGAGAUAUUUGAACGCCUAAAUACUCAAAUUCGUUUUCGAAAGUA